ACGUGCGUCUUGCAUUGCACAAGGGGCGUAAACUGCAAAUGUGCUCAUAGCCUGCUCACUUUCCCAACUUUAGCAUGCGUUGUAGCACAGCUUGCCCUUGCGAUAUUCAUAAGUAUUGCGAUUUCGCUUGACAAAAAGCAGAGAGAAAACACCUUGCGCUCUCAACCCGUGUUUUGCAUAGCAGGCAGCAAAGGGCGUCGACUGAGAGACCCAUAGCCACCUAGACCUGUCAACCACGAACUGAUCUGAAAGGCCUGUUCAACACGCACAAGGUCUGCAUACCAUGGCUUCACCGCCGAUACUUCGCUUGCCCGUCGAGCUUCAUCUGGAAAUAGUCAGUCUUCUCGACCUAAGCAACAAAGUCAACCUGGCUUUCACGACUCGCUAUUUCAGAUCCAUCAUUCCUCCACCAACGCACGUCGAAUUUCUGGCCGCCGAAGGAACCACCUGGGCAAAAUCCAGACAACUCUAUACUUGCAAUAGCUGCAUCAGCUUCAACCACUGGAAGGACUUCGCCGAUGAUAUGAGAAAAGGGAAGUGGUGUCGCAGUGGCACGCAGGCACAUGCAAGAUUCUGUCUUAAAUGCGGGGUAAAUGAUGCGCUGUACGCCCCAGGCACACUACUUACGAUCUGCAACCGGGUCCAUGUGCUUUGCAGUGUCUGCAAAGUUCUCACAGACCAGAUUGGCGACCGUAGUGGUAGGUGCGCUGGUUGUUCUCCGGGCCGGUCGCGCAAUCACAACUGUGACUACUUUGACAACGAUGAUGAUGACUGGAGGCUAGAACGUGCAUCUGAUCGAAAUCAUCUACGAGACGUGUACGACUGGGCUGAAGAGGGACGCCUUCACAGGUACUGAGUCGACUAUGAGUUUUGCCAACAACCAUAGAUAAGCGGUACGCUGUUGGUCGGAGCCCAGAACAAUCAUAUCCCUACACGGCAAGCUGGAACAUCCUGCGACCACGAUACUUCUCCUACAUGAGAUUACGAUUUUCUGUGAGGAACAGCAUUGCUGCAAUUUCGGUGUUGUUCCUCGUCUUCACGUUUGCCGCCAUGUUCGCUAAUAAACCGUUCGCAAAUGCUUCAUCAAUAUACCACGUCACGGCUGCUGUCGACAUUCACAUGGGGCCCGCAACUCUU